GAGUGUAGCGGGAAAGGAAAGAGGGGUUGGGGAGAGUGAAAGCAAGAAAAGAUGAAAAGAGAGAGACGAUAAAGAUAGAAGGGAUCACCGCACUGAAGAGCGGAAAAAAAUAAAAAGAGCGAAGAUAGAAGGAGAGAAGAAAGAAAGAAUAGAAUAGGAAAGAGGUAAAGAAGAAAUAGCAGCAUAUUCUAGUGUGGCGGCGCUUGUGCAGUAUAGAGAGCCGCCACGGCGGUGAUUCGAGCUUCUUAUCGGUCUCGAAAAGAGCCGUAGGAAGAAGUAGGGAAAUAAAUAGAAAAACCGAUCGUCGUCGGGUUGCGAUUAUGAGCGCGAAAUGAAGUAGCAUCGAUAAAGGAGCGAAGCGCCGCGUGAUUCCACCUCCGCCGUGUCCAAGCGUGGCACAUCACGGACGUGUGGCUGAAGCGGCGCCAUAUAUAUACGGUAUAUACCGUAUUCAUUCCUUAGCGAGUGUGGCCAAGUGCGGCCAAGUGCGGCGGUGGUGGCAGAUAGAAAAGGAGAAGAGAAUAGAACCGCGACUGUGGCGGCUGCUCCUGUGUGUUGGGUGGGGGCGAGAAAGAUAGCCGCGACGCGACUCUGAGAAAGAAGAGAGUAGAAAGCAAGUAGAAGGAGAAAGAUUCGUGGAUACGGCGGGGUGCUUUGCCUGCACCCGUGCGUGAAUCACGCUUCCGAGGCGCCCGGCUGUCCCCCGUCUUCAAGUAUACCCCAUCGUCGCGACAUUGACCUGUUCGAGGACGCCGUUCGUUCUUAACUAUACCAAGAGAGACGAAUUUUCUCCCUUCUUUCCCAUUUUGGAGCAACCUUUUAAGAGUGACACCCACGAGGUGGGAGGGGAGGCAUCUUGCUAUUCGUUCCGAUCCAUGUCUUCUACCGGUUUAUCUAAUAUCUUCCCUCUCAUUUAUGAUACGUUAUUUAAUCGAACGAAGAUUCACUGAAAAAAGGUCCUCAGUUCAUCAAGGAAAAAAUCAUUUUUGUAAUAUGAUAGUAGUGCUCGAUGAAUCUUAGAACCAGUGUUAUUGCCAGCAAGAUUUCUAGUAUACUGUGAUUAAACUCUUUAAUUUCUAAAAGUCUAGGAAAUAAGACUGUUGAUUGAACUCUGACAAGCAUUGCUGUGAAUAGUUUCAUUUUUAAAUAGAAUAUUAGAAACGCAGCCACGAAAAAUAGACUGGCAACAAAGAGAAAGAAGCAGGUGCAAUAUGUCAGACGAAGAAGAUAAACCUCCUGCACCUCCUGUACGACUGACAUCUAAUAGAGGUGAAUCUGCACCAAAUUUGCCAGUGGAUAUGCGCCCACUACCUAAAGAACCAGAUUCAGAUGAACGUAAGAAAAAGACAUUAAAAGGCAAAAUGAAGGUGAAAGAAAAUAAAGAUAAACCAAAUAUCAGUUAUCCAACAAAUUUUGAACACACAGUACAUGUUGGAUUUGAUGCUGUUACCGGUGAAUUUACGCUGCCAUUGAAAGGGAUGCCAGAAGCUUGGGCAAGACUUCUCAUGUCCAGUAAUAUUAGUAAACAAGAGCAAAAGAAAAACCCACAAGCUGUCUUGGAUGUUUUAAACUGGUAUGAUAGUAGCAGUAAAGAAACAAAAGGUUCUAAGUACAUGACUACAACUAAGAUGGUUGGAGUUGUAGAUAUCAUUCAAACUGCACACCCAGCUCCAAUAGAAAGAGCAAGUAGUCCGCGAAGUAUGGGUGUUACUGUUGGUACAGGUGUAGGAACUAUUCGUGGACAGGCUAUGUCUCAGGCUUCAGGAAGCUCUCACUCUCAACAUUCAUUGAGCAGAGUAAGCAGCAGUAGUCCCAGUAGUACACCAACUGAUGCUUGUGCAACUAGUUCUGAACAAGAAGAUGAACCACCACCUCCGCCUAUUUCUGCAAGGCCAGAACGUACAAAGUCAAUAUAUACAAAGCCUAUAGAAGAAGAACCACCUCCACCACUGGCAACUACACUGGGGUCACCUCAAAGAAAUGGAACACCACAACAACAACAACAUCAAUCACAGUUAGAUAGAAAUAAAAAUCAAGCAACACCGACAUCGACUACGACUGAUCAAACACGACCAGCACAAAGUGAUAAAGCAAGAAAAAAGAAAAUGUCGGAUGAUGAAAUACUAGAAAAGCUUAGGACAAUUGUAAGUGUGGGAGAUCCAAAUAGAAAAUAUACAAAAAUGGAGAAAAUAGGACAAGGUGCUUCAGGUACAGUUUACACAGCAAUUGAAACAUCAACAGGAAUGGAAGUUGCAAUAAAACAAAUGAAUCUUUCACAACAGCCGAAAAAAGAAUUGAUAAUAAAUGAAAUUUUAGUUAUGCGGGAGAAUAAACAUCCGAAUGUUGUAAAUUAUUUGGAUAGUUAUUUAGUGGGAGAAGAACUAUGGGUAGUAAUGGAAUAUUUACCUGGUGGUAGUUUAACUGACGUCGUGACUGAAACUUGUAUGGAUGAGGGCCAAAUAGCUGCUGUAUGCAGAGAAGUCUUACAAGCAUUGGAGUUCCUUCAUUGUAAUCAGGUUAUACAUAGGGAUAUUAAGUCUGACAACAUCCUACUUGGUCUAGAUGGGGGUGUAAAGUUAACUGAUUUUGGGUUUUGUGCACAAAUUUCUCCAGAACAAAGUAAAAGAACUACAAUGGUUGGAACUCCAUAUUGGAUGGCACCUGAAGUAGUUACAAGAAAGCAAUAUGGUCCAAAGGUAGAUAUAUGGUCAUUGGGAAUAAUGGCUAUUGAAAUGAUAGAAGGAGAACCACCAUAUUUAAAUGAAAAUCCAUUAAGAGCAUUGUAUUUAAUUGCAACAAAUGGAAAACCAGAAAUUAAAGAGAAGGAUAAAUUAUCUGGUAUCUUCCAAGAUUUCUUAGACCAAUGUUUAGAAGUUGAAGUUGAAAAACGAUCUGCAGCUUCAGAGUUAUUAAAGACAUAUUUGACAUUCCUUUACAGCAUCCUUUUUUGAAGUUAGCAAGGCCACUAGCCUCCUUAACACCUUUAAUUAUGGCAGCAAAAGAGGCUGCUAAAGGUCAUUGAAAGAGUAGUGAAAGACUAUGGUCAAAAGUGAUCAUAAAUAUGACUAUGUGAAAGAAUAACGAACCACCCUCCCAAAACGGAAACGGCACAAUAAUUCAAUAAUAUAUAUGUAAUAAAUAAACAUAUAUAAAUAUAUAUAUAUAUAAAUAUAUUAUAUAUAUAUAUAGGUCAUAAAUAGAUAGAACUUAUCCGAUACGUGAAGAGUAUCGAGAAAUGGUUUCAAAGUUUUUAAAUUGCUCGACUCUCGCAUGUUGUGAGGAGAAAAAGUUAAAUCAGAGGAACUGUGAACGAUCUGACGGCAGAAACCUUGUUUGCCUCGAUGAUGUGUAUUGAUUGCUAAAAAUUUCUAACGUCGAAUUAAAUAGAUGUUGAAAAAUGAACGAACGUAAGUUGACGUAAAUAUUGCCUGAAAAGCUUUUUUUAUCAACAUUCAUCAUCAAGGAUAGAUAAGUGUCUGUCAGUUAUUUUCUAAAGAUGUAAAAAUAGUAUUAUUGACUCUAAAGUUGAAGAUCAGAGUUAGCUACAAACACACAUUAUUUAUAGCAAGGAUCCUUAUUAGAUAAUACCAUAAACAAAUGUGAACAAGUACAUAAGACUUAUUCUAAUACAUUAUUAUGGUUUGACAAAAAAAAUUGUAGGAGAAAAGUAAAUUGGUCUUCAUGUCAGACUUAUAUUUUUCGAAUGAAGUUAUGAGGAGCAGAGCAAUAUGUUUUCAAUCUUUUUGUCUGUCAAUAUGACAUAGAUAUAUAUAUAAGCGAUAGCCUAACUUGUUUUAAACGUUCUCAAAAAUCACGUUCUUAUAAUCAAAUGUUGAUACGCAGAACUAUGUUUUAUUAAACUAAAAAUGCCUUACUAUUUUUUUUUUAUCUUGGAUGUCACAAUCAUCGUAUUGUGUUAGUAUAUAUAUAUCUAUAUCUAUAUAUAUAGUAUAUAUAUGUGUAGAUAUAGAUAUAUAUAGAUAUAUAUAUAUAUAUAGUAUCGCUAAUUGAGUUAUUUGUGCUUUAUGCAGUUAGAGUAUUUCAUUUUUGCAAAUCAAGAUUACUGUUUUAUAAUAUUAAGAUAAACAAAAGUAAGUACUUUUUCUCAUUUGCAUUGCUAUAAGACACGUUAAGAUAUAUAAGGCCUUCUUACUAAAACAUUAGUUAAUAAGAACAUUCUUAUAUGGACAAAUGUUGUCCGGUCACGUGUGUUCUUCAUUACAGGUCAAAUCUACUAUCAUUAACGUGUCUUAAAACAAAUGAACGGAUGAUCGACGAAAUUUUAAAACAAGGUUCAAACGUAGGAGCAUUUUGUGACACUAUAAAGUGCCUGUUGUCAUGUUUAGAAGCAUGAGAUAUUCAUGCUAGAUUCCUUAUAAUCUUGAACCAUUAAAAUGUAUCAUUUAUUUUGAUGAACCAUCAGAAACCAACAUGUAGAAUCACGUCAACGGUUAUAUAUAAGGUUUCCAAAUGGUUGUACCAUAUUAAACAGAGCAACUAAAAUGUC